AUGAACGGCCAAUACACUUUUCAAAGCACCAGUGCCGCCAAUCCGUCGUGGUUCACGGUGACAUUGCCAGAUGGUACCUAUGUCGACAUCGGUACGAAACAAGGAGCAGAGGAUUUUCUAUGCGCUGCCUCCGGUGUUGAAUGUUUUUCCUCCAAGUUGCAGGAAAUCUCAAGAAUUCGAAACAAAAAGAAAUGGAAUGCGAACGAUAGAGACAAACUAUUCGAGCUUUACUCUUUCAUCGAACGGUUGGCUGGGAGCGCAUGUCCAGAAGUCUUUCGUAGACAAGUUCCAGAGCUGGAAAUACGAAAUUGGUUGGAGAACACCAUCGAGGAUAUCAAGAAGCUUAGCGCAAAACGAGGCUGGAUUAGGGGUGGGGACAUAGAUGAUGUCGACAGACUGGUGCUAGAGUCCUGCAUUGCCUUCUUCCAGCACGCUGUUCCGCUGGCCUUAGCCUUUGAGGGUCCAUUCUUUCAAGCUUUCGCCGCAUUUGUCAAGGCCCGGAAGCGAAACGGGCGAGAUCUCCCCGCAAAACCGAUCUGUCUCCGGAUUACGGCUAUUGUAUAUUUCGCAGUUCUUGCUUCCAAGACAGAGUUUGAUAGCAAAUGGGACCAGGAAAGGGUUUUCAAGAAGCUCGAGGCGAGUGGUAUUCUAGAGCAAGUCAUUCGAUGUUUGACUGUUUCACAACCGCCAGAAGACGCUACUGCUGGAGAUGAAAUUAUUCGCAACCUCCAGGCUUGUCCGCUACUAAUCAGCAAACAAUUCAUGUUGGGGAAGCCUUGUGGCGACACUUUGCGAAUGAUAUUGGACGGCAAAGACGGAAGCAGAAAGAAACAACCGCAAGUCAUCAAUGCGUUUCAAAAUCUUGUGAGGUUGUCGGAUUCCGCUGUCAAAGCUCCCAAAUUUCGUGAUGAGACACUGGAAUGUGGGAACUGCGGUAAGGAAGACAUUUUGGAAACGUUCAUGACUUGCUCUCGUUGCCAUGGCCAAAUCUAUUGCUCGAAGGAAUAUCAAAGGGCAGAUUGGCGGAAACAUAAGACGAUAUGUGCAGACCUUUCCAAGACCAAAAGAGAUGAAUUUGAUAUUGAACAAAUGACCCUCGCGGGCUCAAACUUUCUGAACAAGCACGGUCUCAGGGUAUUGGACAAAAUGGUCGAAAUGUGCACAAGAACCGGUCUGAAGGCGGGUGACAUGGUCACCGAGCUCAGUUGGAAGAAUGAUGGUGUCAUUCCUACCCUUCAAACACCGCCCGUAUUCAACAUAACACCUCGCCGUGAUUAUAUCGAAAGGUUAGAAUAUCAUGCCAGGCGUCUCAGUGAAUACUUGAAGCAGGGCCGUGUCAUGAAGGAUAAAGGAGUUGUUGCUCUGAAUUAUAAGACGAACUCGGCAUUUGGGCAAUCGCAAUUUACUGACGCGCUUGUGGAUGGACAUCGCUAUGAAAUCAUGAGCAUGCUGUACCAUCGAUUUGCUUUGAAGAACUAUCCAUUCCUCCUGACCAAAUUGGUCGAAGCUUGUGAUAAUACAGGUCUCGAACCAAACGAAUUCGUACUAGAGCUUGACUUCCCACCCAUCCAGAAUGGCAUAUUUCCUUUGUAUUAUGAUCUUUCUUCUUUCGACAAUCUACUUGACGACCUGACCAUCUUCAAAUUCGUUCCAGCUCAGGGCUACAUCGACGGCUCGAGACCAGAGGAAGCCGAUUGGUUCUCCAACUAUCAUCAAGAUCCAUACCAUCGUGAGAAGAAGAAGAAAGCCGCGGUUGCACUGAUGAAAGAGAGGACUGCAAAUCAGCCCAUGCCUUUUGCCGGAUUUAUCCAUUUCGCCGGAUAUAUUGAAAGCUUCCAAAACGACGAACGAUUGUUUAACUCUGUGGUAGUUCAAUGCUAUCGUACUGUUCCAAAUUUCACAUUGAGAUAUGCUCAGAUGUUGUCUCAAAACGGGAUUCCAAACAGGGAAGAGAUCGAAUAA